AUGUGUCUUGAUGUUCACUGCUAUGUUAGCGGACCGAAUUCUUUACUAGACCUUGUUGCAGAGUUCAGAUACUACAUUUUCGCAAAGGAAUUGCCAUUGGUUCUUGAAGCAGUGUUGUAUGGGGAUCGGGUUCUAUUCAGUCAACAUAAAGAGUUAAUGGAUGCAUUUGUUCGGGUCUUUUUUCACUCAAGUUCAAGAAAGUACAACCGAGUAGAGUGUUGGGGUCCUCUCAAAGAUGCUGCUAAGGGAAGAGUAGGGGAUCAAAUGCAAGGUUUAUUUGGAGGAAACAUGGAAUCAUCUACACCUCCAAUGUAA